AUGGUGGCGCGUAGUGAAAGCAUGUUUGGGUGCUACGACAGUUACUCCUAUCGACUUUGGAGUUUGGCCAAUGUAUGGAACACCUGUCAACUUCCUCCCCUUCCGAACGAGGUGAGCAAAGAGGGUGAGGAGUUCAGCGGCGACUACUGCAUAAAGUGCCCCCAAUGCCAAAAAACUUGCCAGACCUUCCAAGGUCUCAAAGAGCACAUGAAAACUUGCCAUUCGGAGCUGAUAGCGUCUUCGGACGGCGGCACCAUACCCAGUGCAAUAUCCCCCACCCCCUCCUUGUCCAGUGCCGGCGGCGGCGGUCCUUUCGGCUGCUCGCAGUGCACCACGUCGUUCACCACUAAGGACCAAUUGGAAAAACACGAGCUUCUUCACAGUCCAAAUGCACAAGUCUGCUGCAAAAUAUGCAACAAAACCUUUGCAAAUGUAUACCGUCUCCAAAGACACAUGAUCAGUCACGACGAGAGUGCCGUAUUACGUAAAUUUAAAUGUACCGAAUGUGAUAAAGCAUUUAAGUUUAAACAUCAUUUAAAGGAACAUAUAAGAAUACACAGCGGUGAAAAACCGUUUGAAUGCGGAAACUGCGGAAAAAGGUUCUCCCAUUCAGGAUCCUAUUCUAGUCACAUGACCUCCAAAAAAUGUCUAGUAAUGAACUUGAAGUUGGGCAGGUCCCGGGCACCUUCCAGCACGUCGUUGCUAGACAAAAACUGCCAUAGAAUUCCUAAGAGAUCGAACAUUAGCCCGAUAAACAAUAACAUUCAAAGUAGUCCGAAUCAUAAUUCAUAUCUACCGAUUCUCCCCAAGUUCUCAGAGGCCGCGGCUGCCGCAUAUCUGCAGUCCUCCUUAGCUGGAAAUCCCAACAUUCCGCCAUUCUACCUAACUCCGCCAGGACUUUUGAAUGCUGGUCAUUCGCUCAAUCCCUACACAAUGCCGUCGUUAAAUCAUCUUCUCGAACAACUGCAGCAACACCAACAGCAGCAGCAGCAGCAGCAGCAACAACAACAAGCGGCUUCGCCUUUGAGACACGAAGGUUCGGCUACAGAAACCAACGAACGGGAUUCCAGACCGAGUUUUGACGGACAAGAGGAGAGAUUCGACGGCGAAAACACGUUGAGAUCCAGAUCGUCUAGCUGCGGUGAACUGGUGAUGGACGAAGAUGUCGAGCACGACCGAUCCAGCCCCGAAAAAUUGAAUGUGACCGAACAGAACAACGCGAAUGGAGGCGAUUUGGAAGCCGUCAAACGUAUUUUGGAAACUGUUAAUGCCACGGUGACGAAGGAGUUGUUGCACGAAAACAUGCAAAAAAUUAAGUCGGAAAGUCCCAGCAGCGAAAGUCGCAGUAUUUCUUCUCCGCACUCGCCCAAGCAGGAAAUGUGCGAGGGCAGAACGGCAUUCGAACACAACUCCGAAAUGGAGCAGGAAGAAUGCGAGGACGAGAGGAGCGAAGGGUUAGCAGCCAAGUUGGAAGACGCCUUAACCUCAAAAUCCGACGACGCGCACAAUGGCAGUAUAAGCGGCACCGACGAACCCGACUACGACAGGAUCCACUACAACACCGACGACAUGGACUGCGAGUCAGUUACAACGACCGAUCACGUCUCAGAGGACGGCAGAAAAGUUAGAGUUAGAUCGCUAAUCUCCGACGAACAAUUGAAGGUAUUGAAAGAUAACUACAGGCUUAACCCUCGCCCUAAACGGGAGGAUUUGGAAAAAAUCGCCAACACAAUCGGCUUUCCCGUACGCGUGGUGCAAGUGUGGUUCCAGAACACCAGGGCCAGAGACAGACGGGAGGGGCGACUCAUCCAGGUUCCAUUCAACCCCGUCCCUCCAAUCGCACCUAGAUACGUAAACCCCAACAUAAUAACCACCCAGCCCAUAAGCAAGAUAAUGCCUCUCUCGCCAAACCAGUACAUCUCCGAACAACCGUUGGAUCUCUCGACGAAAAGAGAAACGAAUUCCAACGAAUCCUCCCCCUCAAGCUCCCCGUCAAGGCCCUCCAUGGAAAACCAACAUCACAACAUCGAAUCUCACAACGAAGUAGUAAAUCUAAGUCAAAAAUCCUCGAGAAGCCCGAAUCCGUACAUGCAGUUCGCAUACCAUAACUCCAACAUGGACCAACGGCAGUCCCCUUCCCCUUUGGACUUCAACAGCAGCCGUCUAGCGCACCUACUCGCCCAACCCUCCCACAAAAUCUCUUUGCCAGGCGUGGGUUUGGUCCCAGUCGAUCAAUUAAUGCAAUUCAGUGCCGACUUCCCGAGUCUAUCUCAACUAUUGAACAACAGAAUCUCCAGUUUGAGCCCGAACUCCGAUAAGAAACCGUGGGGCGAAAGUAUGGCCGAUGGCAUGAGCGAAGAGGAUUUAUCCAACAUCGCCAAGAGAAACAAGGUGUCUCAGAUUGUGCUCAAAAGUCUUGGCAGUCCGGUACUGUCCAAUCACGAGUCCGAAAUCGAAGGCCAAUUCAGCUGUGACCAAUGUGAUAAGGCUUUCUCAAAGCAAAGCUCUCUUGCUCGACACAAAUACGAACAUUCAGGUCAAAGACCACACAAGUGUGAUGAAUGUCCGAAAGCGUUCAAACACAAGCAUCACUUAACAGAACACAAACGCCUUCAUAGUGGAGAAAAGCCGUUCCAGUGCACGAAAUGCUUAAAGAGAUUUUCUCACUCGGGAUCCUAUAGUCAGCACAUGAACCACAGGUAUUCCUACUGUAAACCGUACAGAGAGUAA